ACAUUUGAAUAAUUUACCAUAUAAAAAGAAAUUGAAAAUUGACAUAACUAUGAUCCAACCCAAACCAUGCCCUACCUGGCCUAAAAUUGAGCUGAAUGAUUCAACGCUCAAAUAUGAUAAGAACCAAAUUAGCCCGAAAUGAGUCCUAUUCUGACUACUCAUAUGCCCAUCCCUAGUUGUUGAGGGAAUGCAAAAGGGUAAAAAAAGUACUAAUAGUAAAAAUAACAGAAUGCGGUAAUCACUUAUCACUAAUCAGAAUCAGAACUGUCAUUUCAGUCAGACCCAAAAAGGAAUUCUGCCAAUCAACCUCCACAACAGAAAGUUUAUAUCAUCAGUAUAUUAAAAUCUUCAAUAUGCCAAGCCCAUGUCACAUGAAUAAUGCUUCAUGUUGAAGAUUGCUUAAAAAUUGACUACUCCUAGAAGGGUACAAGGUACUAGACUACUAGUUACUGAACUUUGCCUUUUAAUGCUGUCGAAUUAAACUGUUUUCUGUCAGAUAUUUUAGAUGAAAUUGUCUUGUCAACUAACCACAAGUUCCCCCUAGCUCAACCAUUAUGUGGUAAUAAGAGAUUUUAUUCAACUAUCUUCGUUUUCUUUUGUUUUCGUUGUAUAUUUUUUCAAGAAGCAUCUCGCUUAUCCCUCUUGAAUUCCGUCUUGUCACAGCCUACACAAGCCAAGAUAUCUAAAAAAUUGUGUUCAAGUUCUUUCCUAGAUUUUGCUUUGGUUAAGAUUAAUAGGAAUGCUGAGUAUUUUGUUAAGCCAUCCACACAUUGACACGAGUACUACUUCAGCAUGGAAUGAAGAGUCUAGGUAUCGUCUGUAGUUUAAAGCUUUAGCGUAGAAGCUAGAUUGAGAAAACAGUAAGUCAGUAAGAUAGAAAUGAUGAAUUAUGUGAAGUACCAGUAACAUCUAUUUUAGAGAAUCGGGAACAUAUACAAGUACAUAUAUGUGUAUAUGAGAUUGAAGCUGAUGAGUGAUAAACGCACAAUGAGAACAUCAGCAAGAAAAGGUCGCAGCAACAAAAUCUACACAGCCAGAGGUCCGAGAGAUAGAAGGAUUCGGUUGUCAGCAGACAUUGCUAUUCAAUUUUAUGAUGUCCAAGAUCGACUUGGCUAUGAUCGUGCUACCGAAGCAGUUGAUUGGCUCAUCAGUAAGGCAAAAGGUAGCGAAGAUUCCGGUGUCCAGGUUGAUUCUCUAACAGACUAUGGAGUGCUCAAUCUCCACAACUCGUACGACAACAUAUCAACAUACAAUUGUACAAUGGAUAGCUCCAUGAUCUUGCCUUGCAUUCAAAUGGAAAACAGCUCAGAAGAUCAAUGCUUUGCUCAUUCAACUAUCUCAAGCCCUUUAGACCUACAGCAUAGCAGUCUGCCUUCUAUUCAGCAGAUGGAGAAUAAGGACCAGAAUCCAAGAACGGUCAUGUUCAACUCCAAAUUUUCUUCAAAAUAUGGUGAGCAUCCAUUUAUAUCAAACUCUGGACCAUUAUUUUUUCAAGCUCCAAAUAACGAAUCACCUCCGAUUCACACACCUAUAAGUGAUCCAGAACUCAAUCUUUGUCUUCCUGGCAACUACACAUCAACCUUCGGUGAUUCUGAAAAGUGGUCUAUUUUCUAAUGAAGAGCUGUAAUAGUUAACUAAAACGGAUAUUACAACCUGAGUUAUGCAUUUAGCCGAAAGCCAAUCAAAUUUAUGAAUACUGCUCUUUUUUCUGCUCUGAUUGUUUAGGUUUUGGGUGAGUUUAAUGGUGUGUUUGGAAUGAAGAAAAUGGAGAGAAAGGAAGGGAAGAGAAAUGGAGAGAUGGGGUAUCUUUCAUU